AUGGCAUCCCCGAGUCAGUCAAGUCAGAAAUAUACCCGCCCCUACCGUUCGAAACGCCAUCCACCGUGCGAUCAAUGUCGUCGGAAAAAGUUGAGAUGUGAUGCACUGGGUGGCGGGAUCUGCCAACGAUGCCAGGCUGCUGGUAUCCAUUGCUCAUUUGGGGGUCCUGAAUCCACGAUGAUGGAUGUGGAAUUGUCGGCUUCUAGUGAUGUGACGCCGAUUGAUGCACAGCAGGAUAAUGCAAUUAUUGUUGCACACGACCCAACCCCAUCACAGGAACAUGUUUUCCCCAUCGAGCCCUCCAUUGAGUCGCACCCAUUUGAGAGUCUUGAGUCCAUCUCGGGACAAUUUCAGUCACCAGGCAGACCUACUGGUCAAACUAUCCAGACGUUGGAUCAGUUGAAGGGCUUUACUUCACAGGUUAUCGGUGCUUCCGGAGAGUCAGACCCUUGGUUACUGCGACACGGCAGGUUUGACAACCUCGGAUUUAUACUGUCUCAUCAGGUUCAUUUCCGAAAUGCCGGCGGAGUGCCGCUGGAAGAGAAAAUACCGGUGCAUUUUCUUGUCGCGGCCGACCAGUUGUAUGAUUCUACCAAAGAGCAGACGAGAUUUCCUAAACGGGAGCAUCUUAGAGAGGAAUUGGAUGCUCUAGUUCCAUUAGAAUAUGGACAGAGACUGGUGGCAUUAUUUGCCAAAUUUGUCUUCCCAAAUCUGCCUGUCAUUUCUCGAUCGCAAUUCGGAUUCACUGCUUCUCGAAGUCUACCAGAACAAGACACUCUUCGAAAUACUCCUGUUCAUCUACUCGCAGCUAUUUAUGCAUCCGCACAGCCAUUCGCCAAGUUUGAUGAAUACCUCUGUUUGAUAAAUGCUUAUUCUGAACCACCGAGCGAUCAACUAUGGCGGAUGGUGCUUGAGCUCCUUCUCGAAGAAAUACACACACCUCAUCUGUCUGUCUUACAAGCUGGUCUUUUAUACCUCCACAAACCCACCAAAGGCAGCCAAAGUGCCCUUGCAGACAGUCCUUUCGUCUGGUCGCUAGUUGGCCUAUUAGUCGGAGUGGCGACAUCACUCGGUCUUACACUGGAAUGUCGACCGAUGGGUCUUCCAGCCUGGGAGAAGCGAUUACGCAGAAGAUUAUGGUGGGCUCUAUAUGCUGAAGAUAAAUGGAGAAGCCUUUUACUAGGGAGACCUCCGUAUAUCCGCAAUGAUGAAUGGGAUGUGACCAACCUCGAUGACGAGGACUUUCGGCGCGAUGAGAUUGGAUUCCUGUUUACACCGGAUGCGAUGUCUGAUGGUGUUCAAUUCCAGCACUAUUCACGAUUGUCACGAAUAGCAGAUGAUGUGCAGCACUCUCUAUUCUCCCUCCGUGCUGCUCAACGCCUCUCCUCCAACUUCCCCGACUCUCUCAACACAGCUCGAUCUCUCCUGCAGAAGCUGAAAGAAUGGUACUCUUAUCUCCCCCCUCCAUUGAAGCUCCAAACUCGCCUCUUCACCACCGUCGACGGCACACCUCAAUCACCCUGUCUACACUUCGCCUACAUCCUCCUCGAGGUCUUCAUUUUCCGCUCUCUCCUCCGCCCAAUGGUCCGAUCAGCCACCCCGCCUCCACUCUUCGAAGAAACAGAAGAUCCAAAGCCAUUCAUGAAUAUAGUAGAUGACUAUAUAUCGCAGAUCAUAGAAGCAGAGGAGGUAGAGCCUGUUCCGGCGAUCGACAUGUCCGAUGAGAACGGAACUGGAAAUGCAGUUCUCAAAGCGGCAGAGAAUUGUGCAGCUACGAUGCUUCGCCUUGUGAUGAGGAUGGCGUGCAGUGAUCUGGCUGGGUUUUGGUAUUCUUGGUCUCGAGUUGGGUUUGCCACUGUGUCUAGUUUUAUGAUGCUGUUGAUCGUCCAAGCACCGUCUAAAGACCAUGCUAUCAGAGCUAGACGAAUGCUGCAUAUGUGGAAACAGGCACUUCGAAGCCAGAGCCAAGGAACUGAACUGAUGAAUCUGGCUCUGGUUCGACUAGACGGGAUUGAUUGGACUGGGUUGAGUAGAAACUUCUAUCUUCCCAAACAUGUUGAAGAAGCAUUGAAUGAUACACUUGAUGGAAAUUAAUGUCUGCAUUAUCGAUAUACACAAUGCAGACGCAUAAGGUGGCCGUCAAUCAUUGCAGAAAGUGGCGGG